AUGCAGGAAUGUAUCAUUCGCUCUAUGCGUUUCCUAAGUGUGCGUUCUUUCUCUAGUCAUGGAAAACCUCAUGUGCACAUGCCUGAGACUGCAAUGCUUACGAAUAAUGGCACACACCAAUUUAAGCGUAAAGGCUGGGAAUAUUCCGCUUAUAUGGGCAUACUAGGUGGUCCUAUCUUACUAUUUCUGGGUCUUAUGAACGCUCCAGAGACCGAUUCGGAUGUUUUUGCAAGAGAGGAAGUGCUGGCUAAACGCAAAGGUAUCGAGCUUCUCGCACGACGUCCAACUGGUCCAAUAAGUCAACGUGACGCUCUCAAGUCAAGUGACAUUGGUGCAUCACCGAUGCUGAUACACAAAGAGUAG